AUGAUAUCGUCUGGGCAAUUGGAGAGUUGAACCGCCACGUUGCCCAAUGCUGGAUCCGCAUGACUUGAUGUUACGCAAAAUAAAUGGACGGCUUGCUUCCGCUGAGCCCCGGGAAUGUUUAACGAAUUGCACAUAAGGGGCUUGUGAUCCCCCAUCGCGUGUACGGAAAGUGUGAACUCCUUGUAUUGUUUCUUCGUUGUUAUUUGUCCGUAAAAAUGCCCGGGCAUCCUUCCAACCUCACAGUACUUCAACCUAAACCCUUGCUUCAGGGUACACCGGAAUACGAGAAGAAGCGUGCCGCCCUUCUCGAAGCCUUUGCGGAGGAAGUGCCUCCAGAAUUGCGGCUAUCAUCAAAUUUCUUCUCAAAUCCGCCAAAAAAUGUUUCUGGUGUACCUGCAAAGUGCGGUAUUUUGACUCCUGCCGAGAUCGACAUCACAGAAAAGUACGACGCAGUAGGCCUUGCGGAAGCUAUUGCUGCCCGCAGGUUGACAGCAGUUCAAGUGGCUACGGCCUAUUCUAAACGAGCCAUCAUUGCGCAUCAAUUAACAUGCUGCUUGACACAAUGGUUCAUGGACGACGCAAUUAAGAGAGCUCAGGAGCUCGAUGACUAUCUGGAGAAGAAUAGAAGAACGGUCGGGCCUUUGCAUGGAGUGCCAAUUAGCAUUAAGGACCACAUACCUGUUGCUGGGACUUACUCCUCCUGUGGAUCAAUGGCAAGCAUACAGUUCGAUGAAGAGGAUUGUGUCAUGGUAUCCAUAUUACGAAGCAUGGGCGCGGUAUUUUACUGCAAGACAAACCAGCCACAGGGAAUUAUGCACUUAGAGACUACAUCGCAUUACGGACGCACUCUAAAUCCAUUCAACACUGAUCUCAGCGCUGGAGGCUCAUCAGGUGGCGAGGCAGCACUGAUGGCCAUGAAGGGAUCAAUUCUUGGUGUGGGCACAGACAUUGGCGGUAGCAUCAGAGGACCUGCGGCGUUUUGUGGUAUCUAUGGAUACAAGGCUACGUCGUAUACACUUCCAGCGAAGGAUUAUGUUGCGUCACCCUUCGCCGCUGAACUCAACAUUAUAGGCAGCACUGGCGCGUUCAGUCGAAGCCUACGGGAUAUAGACCUCUUCAUGAACACUGUCAUUAGCCAGAAGCCGUGGCUUCAAGAUCAAAAGCUAGUUCCCUUGCCGUGGACAGGCUUGCAAACCCCAACCAAAAAGCCAUUACGAAUAGGUAUCAUCGAGAACGACGGCUUCAUCGAGCCCCAGCCUCCAGUUAAGCGCGCUAUAGCAUGGGCUAGAUCACGACUCUCCAAUCCAAAAUACUCCGGUAUCGUUGAAAUCAAAGACUUCAAACCCCAUAACGCAGCAGAAGCAUGGAAAAUGAUCCAACGCAUGUACUGGCCUGGAGGUGGCAUAAAGGAAGCAGAGCUCUACGAAAAAUCAGGCGAGCCAAUUCUCGAGUUAACAGAAUGGGGCUGGAAAGACGCCAAACCACACGGCAUGCUCGACGCCUCUCAAGUCACCGAUCUCCGCGCCGAACGCGACAAGUUUCGCUACGCGUUUGCCGACAGUUGGAACAAACAGGAAGUCGAUAUCGUUAUCGGGCCUGCAUUUGUAGGCCCGGCUUCUGCGCACGACUCUGCGUUUUACUGGACAUAUACUUGUCUUUACAAUCUGGUCGAUUAUCCGGGUAUUGUUGUGCCGACGCCGAUUAGGGUUCAGGCGAAGGAGGAGUAUGCGCCAGAUUAUAAACCGUUGAGUGAGGAGUGUGAGCAUGUCAAGGAACUUUGGGAGAAGUCGAAUUUUGAGGGGGCGCCGAUUACGCUGCAGGUUAAUGCGAGGAGGUAUCAUGAUAGUGAGUUAUUUGGUGCGUUCGCGGUUUUGGAAGAUGUGCUUGAACUUCCAUGAUACAGUUGGCGAGUGGGGAGCUCCUAUGCUGUCGAGUCUUUAAGUUUCUGAAGAUAUGAGUAUUUCAAUCUGCCAAACGUUUUGCGAAUCUUAGACUUCGGCUUAGGUUCUUAGGGGAUGGAGAUUGGGUAGACGCUGUAAAGAUCUAAGUCGGCUUUACAGGGUCCUGAGUGGAACUAUUAUGAUAGCUACUUAUUAACUUGAGUUCUGUGUUCCCAG